AUGCUCUCCCUGCUCAGUGGGCUGGCUUUACUGGCCAUCUCCUUCCUGCUCCUGAAACUUGGCACCUUCUGCUGGGACAGGAGCUGUCUUCCUCCUGGCCCACUCCCCUUCCCCAUCCUUGGAAACCUGUGGCAGCUAUGCUUUCAGCUGCACCCAGAGACACUGCUCCUGCUGGCGCAGAGUGUGUUCACCGUGUGGGUGGGCCCGAUCCCUGUUGCGGUGCUGAGUGGCUUCCAGGCAGUGAAGGAAGCACUGGUCUCCAACUCGGAGCAGUUCUCCGGCAGGUCCCUCACCCCGCUCUUCCAGGACCUGUUUGGAGAACGAGGCAAGCUGGCGCUGGAGGUGCAGCUGCAGAAAGAGGCAGCAGAGCUGGCAGAAGCCUUCCACCAGGAGCAGGGUAGACCCUUCGACCCUCAGGUAUCCAUUGUCAGGUCCACAGUCAGAGUCAUCGGGGCCCUUGUGUUUGGCCACCACUUCCUCUUGGAGGAUCCCAUCUUCCAGGAACUGACUCAAGCCAUCGACUUUGGCCUGGCCUUUGUCAGCACUGUGUGGCGCCGGCUGUAUGACGUGUUUCCCUGGGCCCUCUGCCACCUCCCAGGACCCCACCAGGAGAUAUUUAGGUACCAAGAGGUCGUGCGGAGCUUAAUCCGCCAGGAGAUCACCAGGCACAAACUCAGGGCACCGGAGGCCCCCAAGGACUUCAUCAGCUGCUACCUGGCCCAGAUCUCCAAGGCCACGGAUGACCCUGUCUCCACAUUCACCCAGGAGAACCUGGUCUAGCUGGUGAUCGACCUGUUUCUGGGAGGCACCGACACCACAGCCACCACCCUGUGCUGGGCACUCAUCCACAUGAUCCAGCAAGGAGCUGUCCAGGGUGAGGGGCCCUUGCCACCUGCGGAGACGGUGCAGAUGGAGCUGGACGAGGUGCUGGGUGCUGCCCCGGUUGUCUGCUAUGAAGACCGCAAGCGACUGCCUUACAAUGCUGUCCUCCAUGACGUGCAGCGCCUCAGCAGCGUCGUGGUCGUGGGUGCCGUGUGCCAGUGUGUGACCUCCACCCGUGUGUGCAGCUAUCCCAUGAGCAAGGGCACCAUCAUCUUACCCAACCUGGCCUCUGUGCUCUACGACCCUGAGUGCUGGGAGACCCCUCGACAGUUCAACCCAGGCCACUUCUCGGACAAGGAUGGAAACUUUGUGGCCAAUGAGGCCUUCCUGCCAUUCUCUGCAGGGCAUCGUGUGUACCCAGCGGACCAGCUGGCUCAAAUGGAGCUCUUCCUGAUGUUUGCCACCCUCCUCAGGACCUUUCGGUUCCAACUGCCAGAAGGGAGCCCGGGGCUCAAGCUGGAGUACGUCUUUGGGGGCACUUGGCAACCCCAGCCCCAGGAGAUCUGUGCAGUGCCCCGCCUGAGCAGCCCCAGCCCUGGUCCUAGGGAGGAUGGCCUGUAG